AUGGAGUCGGCCCUGCGGAGUAUGUUGCACUCCACCUUCGGGGAGUUUGUGGAAGGUUUGGACCGGGCCGACGCCAGCAGCUUCCCCUUGACGCUGAAGGACCUGAAGCUGAAGGAGAAGAGGAUCCAGGAGGAGUUGGACGAGGACGGGGGAUUUCCCUUCGACCUCACCAACGGGCGCAUCGGCAACAUCACGGUGUCGCCCGGGUGGAUGGGCACCGUGGAGGUGGUAGCCACUAACGUGGUGCUGAACUUCUCCUUCAGCGCAAUGAAGGCCAUGAACAAGGCCAUGCGCAAGGACAGCGAGGACGAGGAGGAGUUUGAGGGCGUGCCGUCACAGGCGCCGAUGCCUCACCCUGGGGUGCCUCUACCGGCCGAUGUUCCGCCCAGGUUUUGCCAGAACCACUUCACCUCCGCGCAGCGGGAGAAGAUCGACCCUUUGAUGCGGCCCUGCCAGAAGUGCAACGCUCAGAUCACCUCCACCUACGCUGAGAUGACGCUUUGCCCCCCCUGCUCCAACACCGAGGAGAGUUGCAUGAUCUGCGGGGACCACGCUCCGGUGGCGAGCAACUACGUCCCGCCGAAGACGCUAGGAAACCCCAAGGCGCAGCAGCAGCAGCAGCAGCAGCAGCAGGGCAUGGUCUAUGCCCUGCCCGAGACCCGGGAGCGGUUGGGCUCCUCUUUGCCACCGCCCCCGCCGGGCGCCGGUGGAUAUGGCGGGCCCAGCUCCAUGUCUCCCAGCAGGCGCUCGCAGAACUUCGAUUGGGAGUGGCCCUCCCCAGGCCAGCCGCCCUCGCCGCCGCGGCCACCGUCCCCGCCGCCGCCGCCGCCCUCCAACCGGGCCAUGGCCAGCCGGGGCAAAGCCCAGGCCCCGCAAUCCGUCCCUCCCUCAGCGCCCGGGUCCUUCGGCCACGGCCACGGCGGCCACGGCGGCCACGGCGGCCCCGCGCCCGGUCCUGCGCAAAGACCUGGGGCGAUGCGGGCGGGAGCGACCUACAGCACGCCCACCAAGGAGAACCGGCGGCCGGCGGACGGCCCCCGCAGCCCAGCCAACCUGUUGGGCCCGGGGACGGGGAAGGAGGAGGACACCUGGGAGGUGAUGAAGACAUCGGCGAACAACCGUUGGGGCGAGCUCAUGGACUACUUCGGCACCUGGCCCACAUUGGACAUGAACCAAUGGGCCAGCUGCCUCAACGGUGACCACUCCGAUGACAUGAAGGAGGUGGGACUGAGCCCAAGGCCUUCGAACCCCAACGCCCGCAUGCGGCCAGCAAGGUGA